CGAAGAAAUCAUUACCCUGCGUUUCGCCUCCCGAAACAGUGAUAAGGUAUAUUGAAUAGUUAACCAGGAAGAUGACGCCUCACUGAGGCAAUUAGCCAGUGAAGACAUGUUGCACUUUGCUUGGUCAAGUGACCUGAGUCCGAUCCAGAUUCUUCAGCGUUACUGAAACGAAGAAACCAUGACUUUAAUAUGUAGGGAAACUAAUAGGUAACUAAAACAUAAUGCGGCAUACCUACCAUGUCAACUUACCCCAUAGCAAGAAACCGCACCCAAGUCUGGUACCUACAAGAAAUGUUUUCAGGCGCUUAUAAUUGUGAGCAUAUUGAAUGCGUACAUAAUUUAUAAAAGUGGCCACAAAAUCGACCACAUGAACUUCCGGAUGGAGCUAGUGACUUCCAUUUUAGCAAACCACCAAUGCCGGAGGGAAGUCGCUAUGCUGCCAGCUCUUGAGGCACCCAAAUUCACGGCAGAGGUAAUCUCAUAUUUCCCUCAAGAGCUGCCCGUUAUCGCAGGUAGCAGCAAAACCUGCAAGCAGAGACCAUAAAAAUUACAAGCCGAAGAAGUGUAGGCAAGGUCUAUCUGUAAGUGGUGCGAUUGAAAAUGUUUCAACCGGAAAAAGAUACAUAAUCGUACAUGCAGGGUCAGAGAGAGGUCCUGUGUCCAACUCACAGUAAGUGUUUAGCACUAACUCAAAAAUGGUAGACUACCACCACGACAUGAAUGCCUCCAACUUUAUAACAAAUCGCUACAAGAGAAGCUCAUAACGCCAGUUACCACCCAAUAAUAGUGAAUAAAGCUCGUACAUCACAAAACAAAAAAAAAUGUAUGGCUUAACAAUAAAUGAUAUUCCAUUUGAAGAAUGCUACUCAAAAGAUGAACUGUUACGUCUUGUAAAGCGGCAUAUACCAGAUCAAAAGGAAGCUGAUGAACUUUGAAAAGUCAUGGUCAUGAAGUAUUGCGAUUUCCCCCUUACCACUGCGAAUUAAAUGCCAUUGAGCUUGUUUGGAGUUUGGCGAAACGUAAGGUGGCAAGCAAAAAUAUAGGCCUUAAUGCAGUAGAGUUAGAAAAAGUAAUAACAGAGACAUUUUCAAAACAUUUCAACAGAGGACUGGAAGAACAUGACAGACCAUGUCAUUCAUUUUGAAAAUAAGUAUAAAGAAAGGGAUAACAAAAAAAAGUGACUUGAAUCAUGUUUAAUUGUUCUAAAAAAUAAAAUAAUUGAGAAAAAAAAUUUUUUUUCACCACCAAACCCGUAGCAUGAAAACGAAACAACAUAACGACCAACAAUUACAACAUAAAUUCAUUUUUUUUUUAAAUAUGGUACAGCUUCUAUACUCUACGGAUUUCAGGGUUGUUUCUUUGUUACCUUUAAAUGUCUAUUAUGGUUUACCCGCUGGCAAACAUUUCAUUGCUAUCGAAUCUGGGUUUUUAAUGUAUGGGUUUUGGACCAUUGCCUUUGGGACCAGCCUCUCAUGGAACUUUAUAAUUAAUGAAACGAACAGAUACGCCUGGGAGAGUAUCGCACCCUCUUUUGAGACUGGUGAUGGGAUACCUCGGCAUAGCAGAAUGAGCAAAUGGGUAGAUACUUCUGUCGCUGAGCUGUACAAGCUAUUUGCUAUAAUAAUCUUUAUGGGCAUGUGUGUGAGGGGCCGCAUCGACGAAUACUGGAGCACCAAACUGCUUGGCAUGCCUGGAUUCCGACGAAUCAUGACCAAGGAACGAUUUUUGUUGUUGAUGCGGUUCUUACAUUUUGCCAACAAUGCCGAAUUAAACGUUCACGGUCCCGAGAGUAAAUUGUCCAAAAUUAAACCAAUAAUUGAUUUUUUAAACAAAAAAAAAAAUAGUCCAUAUACACUGUAACUAGGUACUUUAUUAUAAAGCAUUUUACGUUAUUUUAGAUAAUUGUACUUUAUGAGAAAAAUAAAGUACACGAAAAUACAUUAUUUCGCAUGAUCUGACUUCAUCGAGAUUUUGAAGUUUAGUCGAUUAUUUUGUUAAAUGAAAUUUAUCAAUUGGUGAUUUGGUGCUGAAUCGAUGUCGCCACUCGCCAGUGCCACAUCCCUCAAGCACUCGUUGUUUACAAUUUCUGAACGCAACCUAACUUUUUAAACUUGUAUAAAGUAAUUUCAUUUUUAUUGUCUAUUCCCGCCACGUCAGCAUUUACAGAAAGAAACAAAGCGUCUCUGAAUUUAAUAAGAAAUGAAUUAUUAAUUUACUUUAAUUCGAAUAUAGACUGUGCAAUUGUUUAGUAAAGAUGCUAAUUUAAUAAAGAC